AUGGCUCACCAAAAUUCUUCCAAUAUUGAUGAUUUACUGAAUGAUGAUGAGCUCUUUAGUUUUAUUGAUGAUAUCGUACCCGCUCCAGGCACAACCACACCUUCGGGUACCACCAACAAGGCUUUGAAUAUGACGACGUCUACAACAAUACCCAUGCCAUCAAAUAUGUUGAAUAAGAAUAGCUCCAAUAUUGGCAUUACCCAUAAUAUCAUCACGAAUGGUAAUCAAGUGGCUUUCCGCAGCAACAACAUGAAUGCUCUUGUUUCGAACACCGGUGGUGGUUUGGUAGGUAUGCCCACAGUGAUUAGGAACGCUUCUCCCCAACAACCUCCACAGUUACCACAAUUUACAACUCCACCUCGAUUACCAUCCAUUGUCAACACACCAACCACCAAUAACUCUUCAUCAACUCCCACUCCAUUCUCACAAACAACCACAGACCAAUUUUUGAACAUGUUAAAAGAUUAUCAAACCAUUAAUACUAUCAAUCAAGGUCUUCCUCAAAACAGAGUCACACCGCCUCCUCUCCCUCCUUCAUCUCAGUCUAGCAUUACAAAUCCGUACUUUUUACAAAUUGCAAAUCUUAACAAGCAACAGCAAGCAAAGAAUGGCAUGUCCAUUUCCACUCCUCUCCAGUUUAUAUCAACGAGCACACCGCCUCCACCAUCAAGCAAGAGCUCUUCAAUCAAAACACCUCCCUCAAUACCUCCUCAAGCAAUUAUUGCUCAACUCUCCAAUUCAUCGUCCUCCUCGCAAUUUAAGGGAUUUUCCACUAUUAUUGGCGGUUCUUCUAACAAUUCAUCUAACAGUUCAACCCCUUUCAAAGGAGCAACAACACCUCUUAGUUCUUCAUUUAUGGGAAAUGCUACACCACCAUUCAUGCAAACAGGUGCCUCAUCUUCUUCAACUCCACCCAUGAUUCCACCCAACUUUUUCUCCCAAAUUUCAUUGCCACCACCAAUGGCCACUCCUGUUCUUCCGACAAGUACAAAGGGCUUGCUUGAGGUUUCUCCAUCCAAGCCAGGCAAAAAAUGGCCGAAAUUGUUAAGUGAGAUUCAAAAAUUGGAGGUACAAGUGACCAAUUCCGAAAUUUGGAAAAAUUUGGCUUCAAACACAACCGAUAUUUCUUCAGUAAGAUGCUAUGUUCCUGAUUUUGGCUCGGAUUUCGAUAGUUAUGAAGAUGAUGAUUUUGAUGAAGAUGACGAUGAUAUGUUUGUGGAUGGAGAAGAUUUCAAUAAUAUCGACGAGGAAUCGUUUGAUUUAAGCAAAUUUGAAAAGGUGAAAUCGCAAGGCGUGAAAAGAACACGAUUUGGAGUCUCAAAGUCAUCAAACAAAAAUUCACACAAUUCCUGUGUAUAUUUAUUUUCUGCAAAUAGAGAACUUAUUGGCUACGUGUCAUCUAUGGAAUAUAAUGACUGCCUUGUACCUUUGUCAAAACACAAGAUUAUCAUGGUUUCAGUCGCAAAUGCAUUGAUUGAAGGGACAGGUCGCAAUUUUAUUUCUCUAAAAGUUUUUUUGGUCAAAAAGGCCUUGGUUUCUGAUAAGAAUCUAUUAGAAUCAAGCACAGACUCCAAUGAAUCAAAUCCAUUUUCAUUGGCUAAUAUUGAACGCAUGUCUGAUGACCAAAUUCAAAUGUAUCACGUACGAAAGAACUUUCUGAAAAAGCUCUUUGAAUUAUUGGAUAGAAAUUCUGGUGUUUCCAUUAUAGGUAGUUCCUCAUCUUCAGAAUUGUUUGUAAAUAAUACUGCCAAUUUCCAACUAUCAAAAUUACGAAAAACCAAUGGAUCAGAUGUUUCCUUACAUAAAUCGAAACAAGAGGAGGAAGAUGAUCUUGAUGCAUUAGAUGACACUGAUUUGGAUGAGUAUAUCAUCCAAAAGCCAGCAGCACAAACGAAUGGAGCUUCAUCAUCAUCUUUCCAUAACCUUUCUGACAUGGAGGGAGAAGGUCUGGAUAAACAACUCGAAGAGCUCUAUGAAGAAAUUGAAAAAGUCAUUGUUGAUGAUGAAAAUGCUCCCAAUACAGACGAUAAUUCUGAUGAAGAGUAUGAAAUUAGUCAUCAUGCCAUCGAAAUUCCAGAAGAUUCUCUAUUGACUACAGAGCUUAGAAGCUACCAAAAGACAGCUGUGAAAUGGAUGUUAAAGAGAGAACGUAUCGGUGAAGACAAAGCCAAAUCUGCACCAAAGUUACAUUCCUUGUUCCAGGAAAGGAAAUUUCCUGACGGUACCCCAUUUUACUUUAAUCCACUUCAUGGCGUGAUUACUUUAACCUUUGUACCAGCACCACCUGAACCUAAGGGUGGAAUACUUGCCGAUGAAAUGGGUCUCGGAAAAACAGUUGAAGUUAUUGGCCUUAUUGCCUCCAAUAGAAUCAAGGGAAAGAAAUCGACUCCAACGAUUGUGAGCGAUAAGUAUUUCUCCACUGCUACGUUGGUUGUCACUCCUCUAACUAUCGUAGAUCAAUGGAAACAAGAAAUUGAACGUCACACCAACAAUCAACUCUCAGUUUAUGUUUAUCAGGGCAACAGACGUAUUCGUGAUGUUGCAACACUAUUGAAAUAUGAUGUAAUAAUUACCACCUACAAUACUUUGAGUUAUGAGUACAGCCAAACAUUUAUAACAAAGGAAAGAGCGAAUGCGAAGAAAAAGACAAAAGAUUCUGCACCACAACAACCAAGUCCCAUCUACAAGAUGAAAUUUUUCCGUGUAGUUUUGGAUGAAGCUCACAAUAUCAAGAAUAGAAAAUCUCUUCAAUCUAGAGCUACCGCAGCAGUUGAUGCUGAAAGAAGAUGGGCAGUAACUGGUACUCCAAUCCAAAAUCAUAUUGACGAUUUGUACUCUCUGUUCCACUUUUUGAAAGUGAAUCCUCACGGAGAUUGGAGAUGGUGGACCAAAUAUAUCGGAAAACCAUUUGAAAAGAAAGAUAAGAAAGCCAUUGAAGCCUUACAAUCCGUGAUCAAAAAAUUGGUUAUUCGUAGAACAAAGAACAAGAGAGUGAAUGGAAAGCGUAUUGUUGAGCUUCCUAAGAAACAUGUCGAGACUGUUUCGAUACAAUUUUCACAAGCCGAAAUGACAUUCUACAAAUCUCUCUACGAGUACAGCAAGGGCAAAUUUAACGAAUUUGUGAGAAGCAAUACUGUUCUCAAAAAUUAUGCAAACAUUUUGGAAAUGCUUUUGCAUUUGAGACAAGUUUGUAAUCAUCCUGCCCUUAUCAUUACAAGCUUCCAAAAGAAGACGGACAAAUCGACCAUGAAUGGAUUUUUGGAAAACUUUGAACAAAAGAAUGGAUUUGAGGUUUAUGACACUAUUUUACCCAUGUUACCUCAAGUAUUGAAACUAAACAAGGAAAAGCUCAAGAUGAGACAAAAUAAUGAAGGCGAGUCGGUGAUUGCCUCUCAACUGAAGAGUAUCAAUGUUAGCAAAUACAUGAGAAUGAACUGGAGAUCAAGCAGCAAGAUUAAUGCACUCAUUGAAAAAUUACGUUCGCAGGAAUAUGGUACAAAAUCAGUUGUAUUCUCUCAAUGGACGUCCAUGUUAGAUUUAGUGGAGGUCGCACUUGAAAAGUCAGGAAUUCGCUUUGUUAGAUUAGACGGUAAAAUGCAAAGAAAAGAUCGUGACGAUGCUGUUCAAAAAUUCAAAUACGACAAUACCAUUCAAGUCUGUCUAAUUUCUUUAAAGGUUGGAGGUACUGGACUUAACUUGGUUUGGGCCACCCAUGUCUUUUUACUUGAUCCUUGGUGGAAUCCAGCAAUUGAAGAACAAGCCAUUGACAGAGUUCACCGUAUUGGUCAAGAUAAGCCCGUUACAGUUUACCGAUUUGUUGUCAAGGACUCCGUUGAAGAGCGUAUUUUGAGCUUGCAAAAGAGUAAGACUAAAAUUGCCAACGAUGCCCUUAAUAUUGGAAGCGAUGAUGACGAAGAUGAAAGUUGUACGACCUAUGGAACGUCUUAUUUGGGUGGAUUUGGUGGAGGAGCUCUCAAGAGAAAAUACGAUUCUGACGAGGAGGUUGAAGACGAAGAUGAUGGCUUUGAUGAAGUGACGAUUGAAGACCAAUUCGAUGACGAAGAUGAAGUGAGUGGAGGCAUGUUUGGACAUACCAAGAAAGAUGCUCAAAAACUUCGCCUCAAAGAGCUCACCACCAUAUUCGUCUAA